UCGCAUAACAUUCAUUGUUUACCUAACAAGUAACAACAAAAGCAACACUCUCUGUGUAAACUAAACUCUUCUUCUUCUUUUCACCACUUUCUUUCUCUAUUUCAAAUUUCAACCAAAAACAAAAUGAGUACAGCUACCUUUGUUGAUAUCAUCCUUGCCAUCAUUCUGCCACCUCUUGGUGUCUUCCUCAAGUUUGGCUGUGAAGUGGAGUUCUGGAUCUGUUUGGUGCUCACUCUUUUUGGCUACCUUCCUGGAAUUCUUUAUGCUAUUUACAUCAUCACUAAGUGAUUCUUCAGCAUCUUCUAUGUAACCCUUCAAUUUACCUUUUGUGGUGGAUCAUGAAUAGUGAUGAUGGACAAAUAUUUUUUUUUCCUUUGUUUUAAACUUGAGUUUUUGUCUUGUGUGGAAAUGACAUUGUGAAUUCCUUAUGUAAUCUUGUUCAUGUAUCUUUUUACUUUAAUUUUUAUUAAAUAUAUUUGAGGUGAACACAGUCCGG